AUGUCCUUUAUUUUCCCUGAAGAGGGUGACUCCUACGUUACUCUGAAGUCUGUCCAAGGAAUUACCCUUCAAAACUUCACCAUAUGCCUGAGAUGUUUCACCAACUUGUUCAAGCAGUACGCCCUUUUCUCUUCUGCCACCAAAGACCAGGACAGAGACAUCGUUAUUUAUAAGCGUUACACUGGGCGGGGAGAAUAUCCACAGUAUGUUGUCUGCAUUGGGGGGAAAGAGGUGGUCUUCAGAGUUCCAGAUUCCUUUCUGCGCUGGCAGUCCAGCUGCGUCACCUGGGACUCAGAGACAGGGGUGAUCACUCUCUGGGUGGACGGCUACACCCUGGCAAGGAGAGUUGUGCAGAAGGGUUAUUUCAUUGAAACCAACGGUCUGGUUAUAUUGGGGAAAUACAAUUUCUGUUCACCGUACGGUAGCACAGCAACAUUCUUCAGUGGGGAGAUUAAAGAUGUAUACAUGUGGAAUGUCACCAUCUCUGUGAUGGAUCUGACUAUGACCUCCUGGGACUCCCAGUCUGUGUCUCCCAUCAUCAACUGGAGAGACCUGCAGUUUGAGAUUACGGGCAAUGUGACCCUUAUCUGA